AUGCCAAAUACUCAUUUCAUACAAGAGAUAAAACGGGGGUCCUUUGAUGAUUACCUGGAUGCAAUCGAUAAUGGCCAAGCUGUAGCUUGCACUGUAAUACUAAAGUCCUUGACCUUGUAUCAAGAGCGAGAUUCACGAUUUACCCUUCAGCCCUCACAUCCUAUGACUUUGCAAGCUCUCAACGAGGCCCUUGCUAAUUUCUAUACGACGUCUUGCUCAUCGACGCCCCCAGAAGAAUGGUUGGAAAAGAACCCUUAUAAUGAAGCAUUCUUUGAUAAUUCUGAGGGGUGGAUGGACUGCUAG